AUGUCCGAAGAUACAAUCAUCCCACCUCUACCUCCCUCUUCUCUCCCUGAAUACCUCUAUAGAAUCGACUACCCUCGUAGUUGGACAGCCUUCUCCCCAAAUAUCCUAGGCUUCCGCGCCAAAGACCUAAUAACAAUGGGGCCUGCCACAAUAUCUCAGCUCACAAAUCAUCUGCAAUGGAAGAUCAACAUCCCCAGUAGAUUCAUCUCUACUCUAUCUUCAAAGUCUUACGCAAUAUCCUGGGCUAGAUCUUUAGACCAAUAUAAAGAUAUUGAAACGAGGAAUGCGGUGAGACUAAUGACGAUCAAGACAGGAGGUUUAAGCGGCCCAUUAUAUGCUUAUAAUCUUAAACAAGCGUUUGAAGGCGCAGGUGUAACAUUACCGGAGGAGUUAAGAGAGUAUGUAAAAGAUGAGGAAUAUGUUAUUUUAUACGGAAUCCCAGCGAGCCAGGUCGUUAGGAUCGAAGGGAUAGAUAGCCCCACAGACAGUACUACCACGGAAACUACCGAAAUAUGUAGUGACUCCGACUCUGGGUUGAAUAUGGCAGACCCGCGGAGGGGUUUCGGUAGAGUUUAG